AUGUUAAAAUAAUUAGAUUGUUUAAAGGAAUUNGUUCAUGGGAUAUUUGGUAUAAGAAACCAUAUUCGUAUGAUAAGAAUGAGUGGAUGUAAUAAUAUGUUAUUAAAAGUUCUAAUCUGUCAUAGUGGUGGAGGGUCAUAUAAUGAAAGUGAAGGGAUUAAGUUCGGUAAUUGGGUAGAAGUGUUUUAAGGAUUUAAUUUUUAUUCAUAAAUUACUUAUAAUGGGGAAUAUACUAAUGGUAAGAAGGUUGGCAGAUGGAAUGUGUUGUAUAGAAAAUAAUAUGAGAAUGAAUUUAAUUAGAUGUAAGAUAAUUAAUAUAGUUAAAUGUUUUAGUGGAGGAGGAUCAUAUAACAAUAUAGGAGGCGAGAAUAAAUUUGGUAAUUGGGUUGAAGUAUCUGAUGGAUAUAAUUUUGAUUCUUAAAUAACUUAUAGUGGUGAAUACAUUAAUAAUAAAAAAGUUGGUAGAUGGGAUAUUUUGUUUAGAAGAAGUAAUUAAUUUGAAAAAAUGUAAACAAUAUUAUCUAAUUUAAUAUAAUUUUAGUGGUGGAGGAUCAUAUAAUGAAGAUGAGAUUAAAUCUGGUAGAUGGGUUGAGGAGAAUGAAGGGUUUAAAUAAGAAUCUUAAAUAAUUUAUAUUGGCGAAUAUAAAAAUGGCAAGAAGAUUGGUCGAUGGAAUGUUUUAUAUAGAAAAUAAUAUGAGAAUGAAUUUAAAUAGAUGUAAGAUAAUUAAUUUAGUUUAAUUUUUUUUUAGUGGAGGAGGAUCAUAUGACGAAGAAGGGGCUGAGACCAAAAUAGGUUGUUGGACAGAGCAGAAUGAAAAUUUUAAAUGGGAUUAUUAAGUAAUUCAUACUGGUGAAUAUCAAAAUGGGGGAAAAGUUGGAAAAUGGGAUUUUUUGUAUAGAAAAUAAUAAGAAAAUGAAUUUAAAUAGAUGUAAGAGAAAUAAUUGUUAAUUGUUUUAGUGGUGGGGGAUCGUAUGAUGAAGAAAUAAAGUAGGGUUAAUGGAUUGAACUGUCAGAAGAAUUUUCCCCUUCUUCUUGUAUAAUUUAUAGAGGUGAAUAUAAAUGCGGAAUCAAAGUUGGUACUUGGGCUGAAAUUGAUAUUUAGAAGUAUGAAAUGGGUGGUUGA